GCUCGAGUGAUGCGAAGCGAGGAUACCGCCAACCACGCUUUCCAUUUCUGAAUUCAAAUUCUCCACAGUCGAAAACCCUUCCUUCUUCUUCCUUUCCACACACUUCACUCAUUUCCCCCCACCUUUUCCCUUCUCCAACCGAAUUUUCUUCCCCAAUCGGAACAAAAACCCCACUUUUGAGAUCAUCCCAACGGCGGGUAACGGCAGCAUCAGUUAACAGUAUAAAAGAGCAACAGUGCCCUCUCAACAGUCACCAGCAGGAGAUCCAUGGCGGCGGCAUCAUGACCUCCAGUGUUUAUGAUCAGUGAGCUCUCUCGCAAGUCGUAACUGGUUGACCACGACGACCAUGGCGGAUCCCGUUUCUUCUCCUCCUCCUCCUUUACCUAACGGCCGGUCAUUGCUGGGUUUUUCUCUGACUUCUCCCGAUCUGGUUAUAUGCGCUGGUUCUCCUGAUUUGAUGAGCAACAAUACCAUUUUCCAAAAUUCCCCGGAAAUUCUUGAUAGGAACAAGUAUUACUCCACGGAGCUCUCUCUAGACAAUGGCAUCAGUGGGUCACCUGAAUCUCGCGCCAAGGAAGAAACUAGUAGAUCUGUUAAAUUCUCCCCUUUCUGUCAGACGUUCUACAACAAAGAAUUGUCUCCAGAUUCCUCCAUCGAGCUCUCCCUGCAAGGUGCCAUUCCUGCGCCUCUUCCUGGUGUGAUAGGCAUCAAUGUGGGGUGUACGACUGAUGAUGGCGCUGUGACUGUGGUAGAUGGUUUGAGUUUUGGCAAGGAUAGUUGUUUCCAUGGUGGCGAUACUGUUAGGACGAAUGCUGUGGAGGAUGAGAGGCUUUCUUUGUACCAAACAGCUCGGAUGGGUAACUUCUCGUAUUGUUUUGGAGGGUUGGAGGCAGGGGAUUAUGAUGUUGCUCUUCACUUUGCAGAGAUUGUAUUCACCAAUGGGCCUCCUGGUUUGAGGGUGUUUGAUGUUUUUCUACAGGACAAGAAGGUUGUUUCCCAUCUGGACAUCUAUGCUCAAGUUGGGGCGAAUAAUCCGUUGGUCAUAUCUGACCUUAAAGCUUGUGUUGGUAGGGGGCAAGACUUACGUGUUAGAUUUGAAGGUUUGAUCGGAAGUCCAAUUUUAAGUGCAAUUUCAAUCACCAAGGAUGAUUCUGCUUGUGCUGGAGAAGAAGCUCUCCUAGCCAAACGUAUGAGGUCUCAAGUACCAGAAUGUGAGUCGCCAAAAGUAAGAAAUCUUUAUCCUCAGAUGGAAGAGGAUUAUCAGACACUACUGAGUGCUUAUGAAAGUCAGAAGAGCAAACUAACAGAGACGAGAAAGGCACUGGAGGAGGUUAAUAGGGAAAAUAUGCUCAAAACUAAGGAGUGCCAAGAAGCAUGGAAAACUUUAGAGGACCUUCAGAAUGAGUUGAUGAGGAAGUCUAUGCAUGUUGGGUCCUUAGCAUUUGCUGUGGAGGGGCAAGUCAAAGAGAAGAGUAAGUGGUUCUCAGCACUCAAAGACUUGACAAGAAAAUUACAGAUUAUGAAAGGGGAUCAAAUCAAGCUAUCAGAAGAAGCAAGGUCAUAUAAAGCAUGCAUGGUUGACAUGAAUGGAAUGAUGUCCAUCAUUCAGUCCACAAUGAAACACCAAGUACAUGUGCAUGGAGAUCUUAUGAAGAAAUUCGUGGAAGGAGCAAAGGAACGGAAGGAACUCUACAAUAAGGUGUUAGAAUUAAAAGGAAAUAUAAGGGUCUUCUGCAGAUGUAGGCCUUUGAAUAGUGAAGAGGUGGCUGCAGGAGCUUCAAUGGCUAUUGACUUUGAAUCAGCUAGAGAAGGAGAGCUUACUGUUUUCUCAAACGGGAUUCCUAGAAGGACCUUCAAGUUUGACUCUGUUUUCAGCCCCCAAGCAAACCAAGCUGACGUCUUUGAAGACACUGCUGCAUUUGCAACCUCAGUGUUGGAUGGUUACAACGUCUGCAUAUUUGCUUAUGGGCAGACUGGAACUGGGAAAACUUUUACUAUGGAAGGCACAAAAGAGGCUCGUGGAGUGAAUUAUAGGACUUUAGAGGAAUUGUUUCACAUAAUUAAGGAGCGAGAGAAGCUUUUCAGGUACGAAGUGUCAGUUAGCGUCCUAGAAGUAUACAAUGAACAAAUACGAGACUUGCUGGUCUCAAGCUCACAGCCAACAGCAACCUCAAAAAGGCUAGAAAUAAGGCAAGCAGUUGAAGGACAGCAUUGUGUUCAAGGUCUAGUUGAAGCCCGUGUCAACAAUGUACAUGAAGCAUGGGAUGUUCUACAGACCGGCAGCACUGCAAGGACUGUUGGUUCAACAAAUGCCAAUGAUCACAGCAGCAGGUCUCAUUGCCUACACUGUGUGAUGGUGAAGGGGGAGAACUUAUUGAACAAUGAAUGCACAAGGAGCAGGUUGUGGUUGGUUGACCUGGCUGGAAGCGAACGAGUGGCGAAGACAGAAGUGCAAGGAGAGAGACUGAAAGAAACACAGAGUAUCAAUAGAUCAUUGGCUGCAUUAGGGGAUGUCAUAUUUUCUCUUGCAAAUAAAAGCGCCCACACACCCUUCAGGAACUCAAAGCUCACACACUUGCUUCAAGAUUCCUUAGGGGGAGAUUCAAAGACUCUAAUGUUUGUACAGAUAAGUCCAAACGAAAGUGACCUGAGUGAAACGUUAUGCUCCUUAAACUUUGCAAGCAGGGUUAGGGGAGUAGAGUUGGGCCCUGCAAAGAGACAACUGGACACUUCUGAACUUGUCAAAUAUAAGCAGAUGGCUGAGAAAACAAAGCAAGACCUGAAGAGCAAAGAUGUGCAGAUAAGAAAGUUGGACGAAACGGUCCAAGGAUUGGAGCUGAAGGUCAAAGAAAAGGACGUCAAAAACAGGCAUUUGCAAGAAAAGAUAAAAGAGCUUGAGUCCCAACUGCUCGUUGAAAGGAAGCUCGCCCGUCAGCAUGUAGACACCAAGAUAGCCGAGCAGCAUCAGCACCAACAACUAAAACAACCCGAUGAAUUACUCAGCAGUACUGCACCACCAGCCCCAAGGCCACCAUUGGCGACCCGGCUAUUUUCAGACAACACUAGUAACAAGACCUCAAACGAGUCUGCAAACAAUGCCCUCUCCAGCAAGGAAAUGACAUAUGGAGGGAUCAUGGAGUUCGUCGACCCUACAGAGAAGGAGAACAACCCUGAGAUGGCUGAGAAUCUAGGAGGAGGGAUGAUGGUGAUACCUAAACGAACAGGCAGGUUCUCAGUUUGCCCAAUGGGACGGCCAAUGAUUCCUCUAACUCCAGCUCCACCUAGAAGAAACUCGCUGAUUCCACCCCCGAGUCUACCUUUGUUACCAGCUCAUCAAGUCAAUGUAGAUGCUGAACAGAGCCACUGUGAUACUAGUCCUCCCAAAGAGUUGAAAACCGUGACCAAGAAGCAGAAGAUGAGCAGCGUGAUGAGAAGAAGCCUUGGCAAGAAAGUUUCGGCCAGGUCUCCAAUGCGGCAGCAGAUAGCGAGGAAAGGAGGGAUCAAUGUUGGCAAUGAGAAGGUUAGAUUGUCGAUUGGGAGUCGAGGCAAGAUGAUGGCACAGAGGAUGGUUGUGAAUGGCAGUGGGAGAAGAGUUGUUGGAGGAAUGAAGGAUAACAAGGAGAAGGAAAGAGGGUGGAAUGCUGCGAAAACUGGAAGGGCUGCAAUCUAAAGAAUUGUUGAUAUAUGUUAGCAAGGACAGCUGAUUAUUCGGGCGAGGCUACGCGUUUGCUAAGAGAGCUUCUCUCACAGCACGUACUUGCAGAAAUGCGCGCUAUCUGUAGCCUCGACCCCCUGACUAUUCAUCAUGAAGUGGAAGGUUUGUUUUGAUUUUUCCUCCAUUACCAUGGAUUAGUAUUGUAUUAAGGCUUUGGGAUGAACACUGCUUUCUUAGAAGAACUCUAUUGACAGUAGGGGGUGUUUAACUGUUUAUUUGGACGUGUGAUUGCUCAGAGUCCUUGCAUAUCAUAUGGUAGAAGGACCAGAGUGGGGUGCUAUUGAUGUUUUCAGGCCAAUGAUCAAUUGGGCAGGAUUCUUCUGUAUCUAUUUUUAUCUUGAUGGAUGCAGUAACAUUUCUAGUGUACAUUAAUGACAGUGUGUUUGAUGUACUUAUUUGACUAUUUGGGUCUUUGUAAAGGCCAAGCUAUCUUCUUUUGGC